GCCACUUGCUACCCAAUCCUGCGCCGAAAGCCGAGCAUAGCGAUUCGCGCUUCCGUUGGUGGCGUGUGCGGCGGUGCUUCUCCGCGGACCAGUCCAAAUCGCGAGUCUUGUCGCAGAGACAGCCACCGCAUCGCUCCGGCCGAACUACUUCCUACCACGACUCCGCGCCCGGUUCGAGGCUCGAGCUCCGGACGCCGCAGACUCACCCUCCCGCCGUCGGACCUUGAUUCGUAACUUAAGCCGCGCGGUGCAUCGUCGCCGCCGGAGGCGUGGAUAAGGACGACGGAAGGGCAUCACUUCAUUCGCCCCUAAAUCUCCUUCGAUCUUUGAAGAAGAAGCGGAGAAGACGAUGAGAAGUAUGGCUGCAUCAAGGAGGCAACUGCAGUGGGUGGCGAAGCGGAUGGUGGCCGCAAGAAACAUGUGUGCCGUGCCCCAGAAAUCCCCUCCCUCCUCAUCCGAGGAGCUCAUGAGGUUGGAGGAGCAGUGCAGUGCGCACAACUACCAUCCCAUUCCUAUGGUGUUUUCUCAAGCAAAAGGAACUUGUGUGUGGGACCCAGAAGGCAACAAGUAUAUUGAUUUCUUAUCUGCUUAUUCUGCUGUUAAUCAGGGGCAUUGCCAUCCAAAAGUUGUGAAAGCUCUAAUUGAACAGGCAGAAAGGCUUACUCUGAGCUCUAGAGCCUUCUAUAAUGAUAAAUUUCCAACUUUUGCGGAGCAUCUUACACAGAUGUUUGGAUAUGAUAUGACGUUGCCGAUGAAUACUGGUGCUGAGGGUGUGGAAACAGCAUUGAAGUUGGCACGAAAAUGGGGCUAUGAGAAGAAGAAGAUACCAAAAGAUGAGGCUCUCAUUGUGUCUUGUUGUGGCUGUUUCCAUGGUCGGACCUUGGGAGUAAUAUCUAUGAGUUGUGACAAUGAUGCAACUCGUGGUUUUGGCCCCUUAGUUCCAGGCCAUCUCAAAGUUGAUUUUGGUGAUGUUGAUGCACUAGAGCAAAUCUUCAGAGAUCAUGGAGAACGAAUAUGUGCGUUUUUGUUUGAGCCUAUUCAAGGAGAGGCAGGAGUCAUAAUACCGCCAGAUGGUUAUUUAAAAUCAGUCAGAGAUCUAUGUUCUAGGCACAACAUUCUGAUGAUUGCUGAUGAAAUACAAACUGGCAUAGCUCGCACUGGGAAAAUGCUGGCGUGCGAAUGGGAAAAUGUACGGCCUGAUGUUGUGAUAUUAGGAAAAGCCUUAGGAGCUGGGGUCAUACCUGUCAGUGCAGUACUUGCUGACAAGGAAAUCAUGUCAUGUAUCAAGCCAGGAGAGCAUGGAAGUACCUUUGGAGGAAAUCCUUUGGCAAGUGCAGUGGCAGUUGCUGCAUUAGAUGUUAUCAGAGAUGAAGGACUUACUGAAAGGGCUGCUAAAUUGGGACAGGAACUCAGAGACCAAUUAAUGAAGAUUCAGCAGCGAUUCCCACACAUAAUAAAAGAGGUUCGAGGAAGAGGAUUGCUCAAUGCUGUAGACCUGAACAACAAAGCUCUAUUUCCUGUUUCUGCAUAUGAUUUAUGUAUUAAAUUGAAGGAGAGGGGCAUUCUUGCAAAACCAACCCAUGAUACCAUUAUUCGAUUAGCUCCACCACUAACCAUAAGCAUGGAAGAGCUCAACGAAGCAACGAAGGCUUUCGGUGAUGUUUUGGGGCUAGAUUUACCCGAGAUGCAGAAGCAAAAACCGAAAGCAGAGACACCAACAUCCAAGCAAGUAUGCGAUAGAUGCGGGCGUGAUUUGUAUGAUCCGACCGACAUGGAGAACUAAUUUUUGCAAUCAGAUCGAUCCCUCUUACUAUUAGAUGUACUCAAGUCUGCCAUCACCCACCAAAUCAAGAAAUAAUUUGGUAUUGACUUAUCCUUUUUAAUCAUCAUCUUUGUUAAGCUUACAUAUACUUCUUAGUUGAGAUGUCAAUCUCUUGUUAAGGUACCCAUCCCUUGGUUGGUGGUAUGUUGGUGCCUGCAAUCUUGUUAAGGUACCAUCUAACAAACAUUUGUGGGUAGAAAUCACUGGAAUCUACUACUUAGUUGUUCUUA